AUGAACAUAAAACUGUAAUUUUUCUUUUUUUUUUUAAUUUUUUAUAUAUUUUUCUUAAUUGCAGCCAGAAGCAGUUUUGAACCACAGCAACCGAAGUAUAGAUUUGAGAGAUGUGAAAGAGUGAGAGGAAUAUGUAAAACAUUUUGCGAUGAUGUUGAGUAUGAUUAUGGAUACUGCAUUAAAUGGAGAAGUCAGUGCUGCGUAUAA